AUGCUGAGGUUGUAUGUCAUGUUCAUCUACCUUUCCUGUGGGGUGAAAACAGAUCCUGAGGAAGCAUGCCCUGCGUUUACAAGUCUCCACCUCGGCAGCGCUUUAAUAGGGACAGACCUCAAAGUGAAGCUAAUGCUCUACACCAGGCAGAACCCAAACUGUGCUGAACAGCUCAAUUCAACAGCCUCCAAGUAUCUAGAUAUAACCAAGAAAACUACCUUCAUUAUCCAUGGAUACCAACUCACAGGCUCUCCCCCGCUGUGGAUUCCUGACUUGGUACAUCUCCUGCUUUCUGUAGAAGACAUGAACAUCAUCCUUGUGGACUGGAACCGUGGGGCAACAACUCUCAUAUAUAGCAAUGCUUCCAGAAACUGCAAGAAAGUUGCGGAGAUUUUGAAGAAACUUAUUGACGGAAUGUUGAUUGAUGGAGCAUCACUUGACUCCUUUCAUAUGAUAGGAGUCAGCUUGGGAGCACAUAUCUCUGGCUUUGUGGGACAGAUGUAUGAAGGAAAGCUUGGAAGAAUCACCGGCCUUGACCCAGCAGGCCCCUUGUACAGAGGGAAGAUGCCUACUGAGAGGUUAGAUCCUACAGACGCACAGUUUGUUGAUGUCAUUCAUUCGGACACCGAUGGACUAGGUUACAGAGAAGCACUAGGCCACAUAGACUUCUACCCCAACGGCGGGACUGACCAGCCAGGCUGCCCACAAACAAUAUUUUCUGGAUUGCAGUAUUUUAAAGGUGACCACCAGAGGUCUGUUUUCUUGUUCACAUCAUCCCUGAAAAAGAGCUGCAAUAUUACUGCAUACCCGUGUGACUCGUACAGAAAUUACAGGAAUGGCCAAUGUACCAGCUGCGAAACUUUUCAGCCUCUGGCAUGCCCCAUCCUAGGUUAUUAUGCCAGUAAGUGGAAAAGCUAUUUCACACGACAGAGUCAGCCAGCGACAAACAUGUUUUUUGAUACGGCGGACAAGGAGCCAUUUUGUAUUUAUCACUACUUCUUGGAUAUUAUUACAUGGAACAAAGAUACCAGAAGAGGUGCCUUCAUUGUUACAUUAGCUGAUGAAACUGGGAAGAAAGCAGAAUCUAAAGUCAAUCCAGAAACUGCAGCUUUUCAGCGGUACAACCAAAUCCCUUUGCUAAUUGGAUUUGACCAGGAUCUUGAAAACGUAGAAAGAAUUUCCUUGACAUUUUCCACCGGGUCUGUCAUCGGCCCAAAGUUCAAACUCAGGAUUCUCCAAAUGAGGUUACGGUCAAUUACAAAUCCAGAAAGACCACAGCUGUGCAGGUAUGACCUCGUCCUGAUGGAGAACACCGAAACAACCUUCAAGCCCAUUCCGUGUCCGAGCAAGAACAAGAGCUAAGACUUGAACGGGCUCUUUCACCGCGGCAGCGG